GUCUGAAGAUGUCCAGGGGCAAAAGGAUACAUCCUCCACAGCCUAGUGAAUCUUCUUAUCUCUUGAUGUUGACACUUUUACUCUCAAGAGCUGUAAUGCCCAUUGUGCCCUCUCAGGUCCCAUGAUGUGGUCAUCUCGUCGGCCUUGUCGUUAAACAGCUGUCUCCAGACUUUAUUGCUUUCCUCUCCUCACUAAAAAUAUACUUUCUCCUGAGCAAGGCCUAUUUCUCACUUUCACAGACAGUCACAUCUUGGUGCAUGUGAGACGUAGAACAUUUGAAAUAGCAGCAUUGAAUUAGCAGUAUGAAUUUAAUUCCUCCACACCAUCCAGUGUUUCCCCCAAAAAUCUCACCAGAUGUCGCUACUGGCUCUAUGAAAAAUCCUACACGAUGAUGACGUAAAUACCAAACAAAGUGGGCCCCAUGUUGGGAUGUGACUUUCUAUGUCAACACGGAAGGACUAUCACAGGUAUUCUGCUGAUUCUCACAACGGAAGUGGAGUUUGCCAAAGUCACAGAAAGUCACCAGAUUUGUCGCAAGGGAAGAUGAAAACCUUUCACCGAAAAGUCGCUAAAUAUAAAUCUCGCUAAACUUGAAACACUGAACCAUCCAACCCCGCAAAACCGCAGCUACCUUCUCGCAGAGCUUUCUCGGUCGGAAAAACAAAGCCCCGCCUAUCCUGUAUAAAAAACUAAAAACCCCCCCACCCCUCUUGCAAACUGCAAAAUUGUUAAACAAGCUAACGGAAAUACCCCUUCACGUGGAAAUCCGACAAUGGUAGCCUGAUAAUAGCUAUUUUGUGGAACCAGUCAUAACGUUUAUCUGUGUUAACUUUUAAAAGGCAGUUUAAAGCUGACCAUUUGUUAACCGUGAAGACAACGUUAGUUGAACAGCAAGUUGUAAACAUCUCGUCUACCACACUACACAAAAGGUUCGACUAUUUAUAAGGCCAAGUCUUUGUUGGCUGCAUGCAACUAACGGAUGAGUUGUUUUGAUUGAUGAGACUUAAAAAUGGAAGACGAAGUAAAAUGUCAGGUGUGUGGUCUCAAGUUUACCAGCCUCUGCCAAUUUCAGAAACAUGUUCGCGCUGCUGCACAUCAACAGAGGGUUGCGGAAAUAUUUCAGAAAGACGUCCACAAGGGUCCAGUCUACUUCCCAACCAUUUUGGUCCCGUGUAAACUGUCCAAGUGCCUUUCCAAAUGCCCGCUCAUAGGUCUGAAUGUGAUGACUUUGUGUAUAAGCUCAGGGUCAAAAGAUCUGUUCUAUCUGUGUCAUGUGUGUGAGGAGAAGUGUUCCUAUGGAAACCUCGUGGAACACCUUGCCUCACCUUUCCACUAUUCCAACUACUAUAGUUACACAGAACCUGAUCAAUUGAGUUUCGCAUGGCUUUCUGACACAACGAUGCAGAGCCAUCUACUGCCUCUGGCUCUCAAAGAGGUGGAGAGUAAAGGGUCUGGGCAGAUCUGUAUAUUUGACAUGCCGGGUGAGGUGCUUGACAGUUGCAAGGGAAGAGCCUAUUCCAAAGUGAUGCAGUGUCUCACUCAAACUGAAUUGCUAGCAGAGCGAAUCACAGCUGGCAGACCGAAACAAAUAUCCUUGCAGGAAUACAUGAAUGACCCCAACAGAAAAAACCCUCUUCUAGGCCUUCAGCACAUAGUGGAGUACAUCUGUAAGGUGCCAUAUAGAAAGUCAGCCUACCUGUGUACACUAUGUGCCAGAUCUCUGCCUGCCAACAAGAUCAUCAGCCACAUUCUUGGCUUUGACCACAUUUACUGGUAUUUAAAAGAGUGGCACCCUUCCACACUACUAAUGAAGGACUGCUACAAGAUCUACAGCAGCCGAUUUAGCUCCAUGAUGCUCAAUGUAGCCAGUCAGGCAGAAACUAUCAGAGGAACAGCCAACGCUGACAUCAAGCAAGUGGAGUUGGAGCCAGCUUUGUUUACAUCAGUGGGCUUCUCUUGCUAUAAAAGAGCAUUUGAAAGGCUGGAGUCCAUCAGAAACCAUCGCAAGGAGAGCAGUCUGAAGACCAUCCCUAAACCAGGAGAUAAACUGACUUUAAAGACCCUGGAGGGUGUCGCCACUCAAGCUGAGGUUGUUUCUGCUGUCAAUGUCCUUUCUACACCGAAUGGAAAAGCUAAGGGUAAUGCUAAUGCUACGGGCAAUGCCAAUGCUAAUGCUACAGGCAAUGCUAAUGCUAAUGCUACCGCAAAUGCCGAGACAAAUGGUAAGGCUACAGCUAUAAAGGCCUGUGAUGUUGAAUCGCCUCAGACCUUCACAACUGAGCUUCAAAUCACCGGCACCGAGCCUCAAGUUCUCGAUCCAGCUGUAGAGACUUGGAAGCGAAAUGCCAGGCUGAACUGUGUGAACUGCAAAAUAUCAUUCCUGUCAUUCAAGAAAUACAAGUUGCAUCUGUUGAGUAUGGUGCAUGUGAAGGUGCUGAAAAAAAUGUUUGGACCAGAGAAUGGCUGUAAUACUAAUGUGUCUCUGCCACACUUAAACAUGUAUGAGUGCCUCAAAAACUGUAAGCAUAUACCAUCCAUUGGUAUUGAUUCGAUGGUGGUAUGUGUGACCACUGAGGAACCGCGUUCACCCUUGAUCUUGUGCAAUGUUUGCUGGGAGAUUGUACCUGAAUCCGUAAUUUACACUCACCUGGUCUGUCAAAAGCACCUGUUACAGACACUGAAAUUACAGUGCCCAGACCGACUCCCAUUUGGCUGGGAUGAAACUAUGCCUGUAUCCUCCCUGAAACCCCUAGCCUAUAUGGAGGAACAAGCACGUGCACAGAAACCGAUGAUGAUCAAGAUCUUAGACCUUCCAGCCAGACUUUUUUCCAUCAGACAAUCGCGCUCCGUUUCUUAUGUCAAGGACAUCCUCAAUAGGUUUGCAAAAUAUCUUCAGGGUGACCCACUGUUCCAGGGGCACAAUCUAUGGGAAAGCAAGUAUCCCCUGCUGGGUCAACAGUUUCUGGUUCAGUAUAAUUUAAUCGGAACGGGGAUGGCACCUUCGGUACCCGGAUACCUGUGUCUGCUCUGUGAGAAGAAGUGCGUUGUUGAUGUUUGCAGCCAUGUCUUCAGCUACAACCACGUUACUGCUUUUCUUGAGUGUGCUCACCCAGGCACACUGAAGGACAUGGUGUCUGGUACAAAGAAAAGGCAUGAUGUUCUGCUUGACCUUGCAAAACAGGCUCAGAAAAUACAUCCCACAGGAGGUGUACAGAAUCUUAUGAAAUAUACAGUGCAUAACUCAGCCGAGUAUAAAAAGGCCUUGGAAAUCCUGAAUAGAUUGGCGUACGGGAAAAAACUGAAGCCUGUGUUGAAAGAGGGUAGAAAGCUGGUUCCUUCAGAUCUGGUUUUGCGUGACUCACCAGAAAAAGACAAGAUGACAGGUGCCAUACAUAAAACCAUCAAAGAAACUGACACAACCACCCAGGGGGCUGUGCAAACGAGUCGCAAAGACCCUGACAGUGAGACGUCUGACCAGAAUGGCAUGGACUGCAGAGAGACUGGAACAGGGACAGCGAGUGAGACUUUGAAGGACACUGGAAAGGAGUCUGAUUCUGAAACUGUGGCGGAGCCUAAAAAGGGAACAAGGAACGACAAAGACAGAGAGUCGAGGGAGAGAGAGCCCAAGGAAGACACUGUGGAAACGACAGAGAAGAGCUCCAGGACUACCAAGAAAAAUACGACCCGCAAGGAAACAGAGAGGCAGCCAGAGAACAAAAAUGUUGCAAACAUUGCAAAGAAAAGACCCCUGGUGGAAUGUGUUAGAAUACUUAAUGAUGAUGAAGAAGAAACUGGCAAGCUUUGUGAGAGCGAGGCAAAGAGUAAGACCGGGGGAGGAAGUGUCAAAAAGAGAAAGAUGAUGGCUCCUUCUGAAACGACUGGGAAAGCAUGUGGUGUAGUUGGAGCUGACCCUCCUUCAGUCACUCCCCCAUCUGUCUCUCCAACCUAUCAGCUUUGGAAUUACCUGAAGACUCCCCAACGAGAACCUGUGAUUGGUUUGAGCCAAGUGAUUGAGUGCCAUGCUGAAGGCCAAGACCCUUUCUAUGUGUGUGAGGCAUGCCAGCAGACGGUCAGUCUGCCACAAAUCAUCACUCAUUUAACCUCAGCCUACCACCAGCAAGCCUACAUGCAGUCCCAAAACAGAUAUGUUGUCGAUGACGAGAACGUGGUCCAAAGGCUCAGACUUGCUGCUCAACAGCUGGAGAGCGAAAUAGGAAGUGGAGUUGCUCAGGUAGUGGAAUUGGAGGACUUCUCAGAUGACCACACCCAGAUGGACUACAACCACGUCCUAGAAAUUGUACAGGAGUCUCUGGCACUGUAUAGUCGGAGCAAGGACGAGGAAGAGGACCCCGCACAGAGAUCCGUCGGCCUGUGGAGCUACCUCAACAACAGUGAUAGGAGACAGCCUGUCAUUGGUCUGAAAACGGUCACAGAGACUCAGUCACCAGACCAACCGAGUCAGAACCACUUCUGUUGUGAUAGCUGUUCUAAGAAGUUCCCCACGGAGUCCUAUAUUCCCCACCUCAUCUCUGCCCACCAUCGCUACAACUACAUAAAACGGGAGCAUCCUCAGCUGAUUCACGAUUGGCCGGAGAACGUGGAACCCACAAGUCGAAUUAGAAGUCUGUGUCAACUGGCCACAGAGCUGGAGCACAAAGAGGGGUGGGGGAGACUGCAGGUGAAGACACAACCUGCAGUGCAGUCUUCUACAAUCACCACGAGUAAUGAAGACACCACCAGGAUCUCUGACGCUUUGUGGAAGUUCACCCAAAGACCCGACAGAGAGCCUGUCAUAGGGUUGAGUAUGCUGACUGAGUUUCGUUUGGCAAACACAACAAGGCCUUAUUUCCUGUGUAGCUGCUGUUCUACCAGGAUGCUGAUUUCAGCUUGCACCGACCACAUAGUAUCCCCUCAUCACCGCUACAAUUACUUAAAACAGAUGCACCCGGACCUAACUCUUGAUUGGCCAAAGGAUCAGGUGUUGACUAAGUCUCUCCAUGGGGACCUGAGGAAGACAGCUGCGGAGCUGGAACGACGAGAGGGCUGUGGAACAGUCAAGGUGAUGGAGAGACGGGCUGCGGUGUGUGGUCCCUUGGAGUCACAGCCAUGCUGCAGCAUCGCAGAGUCCUCACACAUCGCCGAUACUUCAACUACAGACUCGCCAGACACUGCAGCUAACCCAGACCCAGUGGUUGCAGCUAACCCAGACACAGUGGUUGCAGCUAACCCAGACCCAGUGGUUGCAGCUAACCCAGACCCAGUGGUUGCAGCUAACCCAGACCCAGUGGUUGCAGCUAACCCAGACCCAGUGGUUGCAGCUAACCCAGACACAGUGGUUGCAGCUAACCCAGACACAGUGGUUGCAGCUAACCCAGACCCAGUGGUUGCAGCUAACCCAGACCCAGUGGUUGCAGCUAACCCAGACACAGUGGUUGCAGCUAACCCAGACACAGUGGUUGCAGAUAACCCAGACCCUGCAGCCACCAUGGCCACCUCUGAUCAUCCAGCCGCAGACCCCCCGGAUAAUUUAAUGCCUGAAACCCAACCCGUGUUCUCUGACGCUGUAGCCGUCUCCAAGUCAGCAAGGCUAAAGACUCGGGGCAAACACAGCCGUCGCCGUAAAGCCCCAGAGAACAGAACUCCUCGCAGGAGUUCACAUGUUGUUGGAAUUGACUUCGUGGUUGCAGUCUCGUACAGGAAGAAGACGUGCUUCUUCUGUCAACUGUGCUCCAUUAGGAUGAACGACAGCACCGGUCACAUGACUAACUUCAGGCACCAAUACAACUAUCUGAGGUGGCGGUAUCCUGGCUGGACUGCACACCCAACCAAGUUGGAGAAGAAGCUGAUCAAGAUGGCCUCUUACUUGGCGAAGGCUGACAGAGAUGCAGGCCUGGUUAUGCAGAAAGUGCGGGUCAACGGCGAUGAGUUCAAACGGCUGGUGUCUGCUCCAGAGCUGGAAGCCCUAAGGACACUGAAAGCCAUCACCAGGAGCCGUGAGCAGCCUGGGAAGACACCGGACCUGAGACGGACUCUUUCGACCAAUCCAGACAGAGCACACGGUGACCAGGGACCAAUCCCUGCGGUGUCCUCUCCCUCUGGUGUGUGUGACUCAGAGAGAGAGGAUGAGAACAGAAGGCUGCUGGUUCAAAUCCCAGUCUGUCUCUCUUUCUCAAAGAUUUUGGUAACAGACCAGGAACCUCUUCCUUGUCCUCCCCUCACCUCCCCCCUCCCUGUCUUCCCCACUGCGAGAGUAGUUGCCCCUGCUCCUUCAUCAUCUGUUUCCCUGUCUACAUCAGAUACACUGCCCUCUGUCCUUCCACUAGCCUCCGCCCUCCUCCCUUCCUGCAUCACCCCCCCUCAGUCCACGCUGCAGCCGUGUCCAGAUUCUGUAGCAGCUGGCCUGGGACAUGGUGACUCAAGCGCAGCCUCGCAAACACCAGGGCAACCGUUGGAAACCCCUCUAAGCCCAGAAUGGUGGGAGCGUUCAGAUGAAUGGGUGCUUCCUGAAUGUGCCUCCUCCGAGUGUACCGAACUCCCCCGUCCUGUAGGACAAGGCCACGAUCGUCCACGCACACUGACGUCCUAUUACGCACACCUCCAGAACAGCACAGCACACCUGCGCAGAGUUCCUUCUGUGCACCUGCUCCCAAACACAGCCAUAGGUAAAAUAGUUGUUGGCCCCAGCAACCUGUCUAAGUACCUGGUAGUGAAAGCCCUGCACGACAAAGAACCAAUCAUAGGGCUGGACUCAGUGAUGGAAUGUAGAGGCAUAUCCCAGGACACGUUCUUCAUGUGUGUCAGCUGUGCCGUGACGCUCCCCAGCAGACACAUCUGUGAACACAUUGUCACCGUGGGACACCAGUACUGCUACAUAAGGAUGCAGCAUCCGGCUUUCCUGGCUUGGGUGGAGAAGGCAUGUCAGUUGCCUCUUUUGCCUGACAUCAUCCGAUUAAUCGCCUGGGAACUCACCCCUCUGGAGGCCAGUCUAGCUCUAGAUGCCCAGGUGAUUCGACUGGACAACGUGUGGUAUGAGCGUGUAAAGUCUGCUCCGUUCCAUCAAGCUCUGGACAUGCUGCAGAUCAUCCAUGAAGAGCCAAGCCAUGGGUCUUUGCACCUACCCCCUGAAAUAAGACGCCAGCAGAGUUGGGAGGCUUAUGUGCUAGGAGCAGCACACCUCGGAGAUCAGACCCCCAGCCAGUCUGAGAGUGAACACAGCUUCCAGACAGCUGAGAGAGAACACAGCUUCCAGACAGCUGAGAGAGAACACAGCUUCCAGACAGCUGAGAGAGAACACAGCUUCCAGACAGCUGAGAGAGAACACAGCUUCCAGACAGCUGAGAGAGAACACAGCUUCCAGACAGCUGAGAGAGAACCAUUGGAACCUCCCCAUGAUCCAACCCGGUCCGCUCAGAAGUUAGAAAGAGAGGAUCCUGCCCAGGAUCCACCCCGGUCCAGUCAGAAGUUAGAAAGGGAGGAAGCCGUCCUGCAGCCUGCCACUACCCAGAACCCCCAGAAGGCACAAAGAGCACCGACACCCCCUCACUCACCAGUCUCCAUCAAGCAGGAGCUGAACGGCGCUUGUGGAGGAGUUCCAGCCCAACCUGGAGAAACGCCUCUCCCUGAAUAUCAGGACUGUUUGUAUGCAGAUCAAGUCCAGUUCUCUCCUGAUGUGCAAGAGCUGACUAGCACAGACACUGGUGUGUGCGAGGUAGAACUCGAGGAGACCUUCUCAGGGUCCAACCUCGAUGGGAAGCGACCGAGCAGAGCAACAGAAAACCCCCAGCGGGCUGCCAAGCACAUAAGAGACUACGUACAGAGCAGACGGACCGAAGCUGUGGUUGGUCUCUGUGCUGUGAUAGAAUGCCUCAGUGAGGGCCAGGAGCCGUUCUACCUGUGUGUGUCGUGCAAGAGCAGACUUAACCGUGACCUCAUCAUCAACCAUGUCCUGAAGUACAGACAUCGGCAGAUGUACCUGACUCUGAGAUACCCAUGGCACUUCAAGGGGCUGUUGGCGGGCCGGGGCCCAGCAGAGCAGUCCAUGCUGCUGAUGCAGGUGGCCAAGGAGGUGGAGGAGGAGAACCACGAUGAACCUGGAACGCUCCAGAAAGUACACCUGGACCCUGCAGACUUCAAAGAGAUCAGACUGAUGCUCUUCGAAAAAGCUGUGACCAGACUGCAGGAGAUCUGCAGGCAGAAGAACCAAACACAACUCCUGACCCGUGUGAUCGAGAAACCAGAGCCUGUGUUGGUCAAACAGGAGGUAAUGGAAGGUCCGGUGAUCUCCCAUCAUGAGGUCAGACAGAAAGGAAAGAGGUGUUCUGAAGACUCUAGGGUCACGGCUCUGGAAAGGAAAAGGCUGAAGGUGUCAGACACAGAGUCUGCUGUGAAGGGCAAUGUUCCUGACACGGUCCCCUGCAGAGAUGCCUUAGCGUUCCCCCAACCUAUCCAGGGAAAAUCCACCUGCAGAUCCUCCCACACCCCCCUGAACUCUUCACACAAACCCACCAAGACAGACACACAAAUCAAGUCCCAUACAACCGUCUCCAUCAGGGAAAGUGAAUCAAACAUCGUCCCAUUCACCGACCAUCCAAAUCCCAGAGACAUUACAACAGUUUUAUCCAUGGAUAAAAGCUCCCAUGAGCCGAUGGAGAAGGGUUCAACUGCCCCAGCGACAACAGGGCUCUCUAGUAAUGAUCCCUGCAUAGACUCUGACACCUCACACAAAGCCUGCUACAAGCUGCCCCUAAAAUGGUUGAGAAAGCAAUCACACACAGAUGCCAUAAAAGGUAAACAUUCUCAAAUACCAAAUGCCCAGGGUCAACAUCACUCACAUUCUGACAUGGCUAUAGGCUCACAGAAAAAUGCACACAAACACUCUCCCAGUUCACCUAAGAGACUGCAACAUGAGCAAGCCAUUGAACGACUUUUAACAUCCUCAGAACUUCCAAGUGACUCGACCAGCAAAACCUUCGGACACCCAUUUGGCCACUCCAGCAACCCAACCACUUCUGUGACGAUAAACGCCUCCCAGACGACCCACCUCCAAGAUCUCCCCUUGGGGAAAUCAAAUCAGGCCACCUUAAACCUAGCUAGAUCCGCCUCGUGUCCUGACUCUACCACAGUCCCGACUUCUCCUGAUAGCCUCAUAAAACAGUAUUCCAAGGAAGACUGCCAGAAAUUUGUAGAUUUAGUUCUGUCCUUAAGGAAGAAUGGUAUCAUACCCCAGGCUACCACCUCAGCCAGCCCAAAUAACUACGUGGAAGUUGGGAGUAGGGAAAGUAAGACAAAGAAUAUGCAGCUGGAACCACAACCAAGAGGUACACUUGGCGCUGAAAUUAUUGACAGAGAGACAAUGGGUCAGCGUGUCUACACAAUGCCGGAUCAUCCCAUGCUUGCAGAAAACAUGUCAGAUCAUGUAGACCUGUGGAACUAUGAGGACAGAGUGUUUCCUCCCAACCCCCCAAAUCUCAGUAACUCCAAACCCUGUUAUGACCAACCGUUGAUUAGCUACGCUGAUGCUAGCUACCGUGGGAUUGCCAGUGUUGUCCCCUUGAUCGCUGACCACAACCCUCCAACACAUCCAGAGCUCAUGGAAACACAGCCGAUGGAGGGCCACCUCGUAUCACCCUACCCUGGACUUCUCUCCCCUAUGAGUGUUUUCCAUGGUGGGCACUAUUCUGGUGUAGUCUCCCCCAGAGGAGGCUAUCGUGAGCAGGGUUCUUUUGAGACGGGAGGAGGCUCCACGUUGAGUUACGGUGGCAGCUUCUACCCACCGUUAUCGGCACCAGUGGCACGAGAGCUGAGAGAUGUCACCACCAACAGGACUGGCUCGGAGUCUGACACAGAUGCAUACAGGACGUCGGCUGUGACCUCGGGGAUGAGCUCUGAAGUGGUUUGCUCCAGUGAUCCAGAUAAAUUACUGAAUUUUUGGACAAACUUAACUUAUGCAAGGAAGAGACACUGACUGCAGCCAGCUGGACUACCUCAACCCCGGCGACCUUCUUUAGGGAAAGAAGCACCAAGCACAUAUGAAACUACUAUCGCAAAACAAGAGUAUUGAAAUGUAAACGUUUAGUUGGACUCAGCACAUGCUCCAUUUCACCACAAAUAGUGUGUUAAUAGCAGUUAUAUUGUUAACUAUGAAACUGAAUGGUUGAUGAUAAAAGGGCCACUUUUUUACUUUUGUACUUUUCUUUGGGAAGAAGCCAUGCGUUUUUAUCACAACGUUAUCAGGUAUUGUUAAAAUGUUAUGAAAAACGUUGAAUGGAAAAUGUGUUGGGGGUUAAUCAUUUGACUGUUAUUCGUUGAAUGAAAACUAUUGUUUUUGUAUCUACAAUAAAGAAAUGUGUCCUUAAAGACCUGUUUAAACUGUGA